AUGACUGAAGAAGAGCAGGCGAUUCUCGAACACGCGUUGAGGUACCGCGACACCGACUUUAUUUUGAAUAAUAUGGACACGUUGGAUCAGCUGCAACUGACGCUAUCCGAAAAAUGUGGUCUCAUCGGUGGGAUAGUACUUUUUGUUGGCUUGGGCAAGUAUGUGGUUGAUGAAGUGAAGACAAUGGCUACCUUUUGGGAAAACUUCAUCAAAGGCAAUGAACCCGUCUGUACUACUGCUGUUGCCAUCGCGCAUCUGGUGGUGGCCGUGUGCAUCGGGGGAUUCUGGCCUGCAGCACGCGAGUGUUUGACGUGGCUAAAGACAUUCCAGAUGAAGUAUCAACUCGGGAGACUUCUUCAAGAUACACGUCAUCUUCCUGCCAAUGCUCGAGCGGUGGACCAAGAUCCGAUGACAGAAGAAGAAAUUGCCAACAUGCCCGCACGCUUUCCUCACUACGGUGCUGUACCGGAUGCAAACUAGCUCCAGCACGCUGAGCUGAUGCAAGACACCAAUGACCACCUCAAAGUACUUCUUCAAGAAAAUUGUCAACCUCAACCGUGGCCAGAACGACCACACGACUAAUUUACAAAGCCGAAAUCGACUAUGCUAUACAAUAUGCUGCAAGCACGCAACUCACUAUGUAGCUUACCUUCUUCACUGCUGCUAUUCGAGCCGCGAAUUACGGUGUUGCGCAAGUUUUUUAACCUUGCUUUAAUAAAUCAUCCUUUGCGAC